GGAAGGGGUCUUCAGAUAGGUAGCACUAGCAGUUCACUUGUAAUUGAACCAGAGAUCGCCUCUUCCUCUCACAACCAGUACAAUAUCGACGGUAGGAAAAAUACUGCUUUAGCAAGAUAUGCCUCUCCAGCUAACUUCUUUGAUGUAAAUACUACCGAGCCAGGAAUCACAGCUUUACAGUGUCUCUGGAGGAGGAAUCCGAGAGGCAACAGGAGGAUCCACCCAGCGCCAGCGGACCAACCAUGACCUCUGACCCUGACCAUCGUCAAGACGGCCCAGGUCCAGUUCUCUCCAGGAUAUCAGCGAGCACCUCCGAGGAGGAUGUUCUCUGUCCUUCUCCACCUCUGCCCCCCAGACCUGAUUCUCGGUACGAGAGAAUUGGAGGCCGAACAGGGACUUCUUUUUUACAGACCCUGAUCCACCUCCUGAAGGGGAACAUCGGUACAGGGCUGCUAGGCCUACCUCUGGCUGUCAGGAACGCAGGCCUUGUGUUAGGACCUCUGAGUCUGUUUGCCAUGGGGAUAAUAGCAGUCCACUGUAUGAAUCUGCUUGCAAAAUGUUCCCACCACCUCAGUGCAAAGUUGAACAAGCCCUUUCUGGACUAUGGUGAUGCUGUGCAGUAUGGUAUGGAGAAUGUCUCGUGGCUGAGAAGGCACUCAAUAUGGGGGAGGCGGAUAGUUAACGUGUUUCUGAUCAUCACCCAGCUGGGUUUCUGCUGUGUCUACUUUGUCUUCCUCAGUGACAACGUCAAACAGGUGGUGGAGGCUUCUAACGGGACAACCAUGAACUGCCACAGAAACCAGACGGCUGUGACCGUCCCCAGCUUUGACUCCCGUCUCUACAUGUUGUGUUUCCUGCCAGCCGUUAUACUCCUGGUGUUCACCCCAAACCUGAAGUACCUGGCACCCCUCUCUCUAGCAGCCAACCUGGCCAUGUGUGCUAGUCUGGUCCUCAUCUACUUCUUCUGCUUCACGAACAUCCCAAAUCAUAUCAACCUGCCCAAGGUGGGUCAUGCCAAAGACUACCCUCUCUUCUUUGGAACGGCCAUCUUUGCUUUCGAGGGGAUAGGAGUGGUCCUGCCCCUGGAGAACAAGAUGCAGAAGCCUCAGUGUUUCAAUAGGGUUCUAUGUCUGGGAAUGGGCAUCGUCACCUUCCUCUAUAUCAGCUUGGGGACCAUAGGGUACAUGACCUUUGGAGAGGCCAUAGGGGGAAGUGUCACCCUUAACUUACCCAACUGCUGGAUGUAUCAGAUUGUAAAGCUUCUCUACUGUUUCGGUAUCUACAUCACCUUUGCCCUUCAGUUCUACGUGCCAGCUGCGAUCCUGAUUCCUCCUGUGGUGUCCCGCGUCUCAGAGAGAUGGGAACUGACGGUUGAUCUCCUGAUCCGCACUGCGCUCGUAGUCUUCACCUGUGUCCUGGCCAUAUUGAUCCCCCAGCUGGACCUGGUCAUCUCUUUAGUGGGGUCCGUCAGCAGCAGUUUCCUGGCUCUCAUCUUCCCUCCACUCCUCCAGAUCCUCACCUACCACAACGAAGGUCUGUCUCCCUGGGUCAUCGUCAAGAACACCCUGAUCUCUGUCAUCGGCUUCAUCGGCUUCAUCACCGGCACCUAUAUAUCCAUCACAGAGAUCAUCAAACGCAACGGCAGACAUGACAAUAUGGAUGUGACCUUCUUCCAGGUCCAGUGAGAGAUCUAGUGAGGAAGAGGAGGAUAUCUUGACAGUGGUUGGUCUGGCAAACAGUGGAGGCUGGCGGGUGGAGAAAUCUGAAGACAGGCUCAUUUUAGUAUGGAUGGUACCUUCCUUCGAUUUAGUGACACCAGCCUCCACUGCUGUCAAACAAUCACAGUUAAAAGAUGUCUUCACCCUGGCUUCAGACAUGUUUUUUUUCUCACUUGCUCUAUUCCAUUGAUUAAACAUUUAUUGAUAUUGUGAGUAUGUUUACUGUUGUAGUUAUUAGUCGCUGUGGAACAAUUAUUUAAUGGAAUAUAAGUGUAAACCAAACUAAUUUUUACAGUAACCGUAUAGCCAAGAAGAUAACACAUUUCGUUUAUUUUAUUUAACCUUUAUUUAACUAGGCAAGUCAGUUAAGAAAAUAAUCUUAUUUACAAUGACGGCCUACCCCGGCCAAACCCGGACGACGCUGGGCCAAUGGUUUCCGCCCUAUGACACGAGCUUCAUUCUCUCUGUGCCUUAUGAGCUUCGAUGUUUUUAACUUCUUAUUUUUAUGACGUACUUUUAUAUUUUUAACUCUUCCAUGCCCGCAAGAGCACCUAUCUUACAUGUUUUAUUAUUUUAUGUUAAUAAUUUAACCAAAUCAUUGAAUAUUGAGCAAUCACAUUCUCGUAACAUUUAAUAUUGUUUAAACAAGGUACUAAUAGAAAUACUAAUACGUGUUAGAUGUUCUGUUGAAAUACAUCCUGGAAGUUGUUCAAGUGAUACAAUAGCAUUUAAAUAACAGUUAAGUUCCAUUUUGAAUCAUAUCAUAAUUCUAUAGGCCUUGUGAAGGGGAAGAUGUAUCUUUCAACUAGACUAUUUCCAAUAGAAUGGUAAAUGAUUGACGGUGUUUAAUAUGACUAUCAGAACACUACAACCUGUAGUCUGACGAUCACCAUCAUCAUUGCUGCUGCAAAUGUAGCUAUGACAUUGACAUUGAAUACAGUUUCCUGACUACAAAUUAAAUACAGUUUCCUGACUACAAAUUAAAUACAGUUUCCUGACUAAAAAUUAAAUAGUUUCCUGACUACAAAUUAAAUUCAGUUUCCUGACUACAAAUUGAAAACAGUUUCCUGACUACAAAUUAAAUACAGUUUCCUGACUACAAAUUGAAUACAGUUUCCUGACUGCAAAUUGAAUACAGUUUAGUGACUACAAAUUUGAUAUACCGUAGUUUCCUGACUACAAAUUGAGAGACAAUAAGAUGUAAUAGUUGAAAGGUAACUUUUUGUUUUGAAAAGGAACAGCAUCAUUUACAUGUUUCAAGUCAAGCUGUACAGAUCACCUACUGUAAUACUGAUUAACUUGAGGGACUGUAAAGAAAUAUGACAAAAUAAUGUGUAUAUUGUGGAGCUAAUACCAUGUGUUAUUCCUCAGUUGAGGUCAUUUAUGUUGGUGCUUUCAUUUAUUACAUUUGUCUCAAGUUGGGCACUGGAUGUAUUCAUCAUGCUCUAUUAUUUUAUUUAGGCAGCAUUUGUUUUAUCACUUGUCUCGGUUGUUUAGAGUGGGUUGGACUGAAUGGGCCCAGUUUAGAGUGGGUUGGACUGAAUGGGCCCAGUUUAGAGUGGGUUGGACUGAAUGGGCCCAGUUUAGAGUGGGUUGGACUGAAUGAGCCCAGUUUAGAGUGGGUUGGACUUAAUGGGCCCAGUUUAGACUGGGUUGGACUGAAUGGGCCCAGUUUAGAGUGGGUUGGCCUGAAUGAGCCCAGGUUAGAGUGGGUUGGGCUGAAUGGGCCCAGUUUAGAGUGGGUUGGACUGAAUGGGCCCAGUUUUAGAGUGGUUUGGAAGUCAUGGUGAUACCACAUGGCAUUGGGAGAACUUAACUGAUUGCCACUUUUUUCAACUAGAUUUGAAUAAUGGCAAGUUUUGAACUAUUGUUGAGUUUGGACUUUAUUGUAAAUAAAAAAUCUAGUAUUCUGAAUUGUCCACGAGAAAAUACUGCUGAGCAUUUAAUAAGGUGUAUUUUUGUCGUGAUCAUGAACAUGUAAAAAAUAAUAUGUAUAUAUAUUGUUUUUAUUUAAUUACAGCCUUAAUGAAAAAGUUCACACUUCUGGAAAUUAUACAUAUGCAUUUAUUUGUGUUUGAUUUGUUUUGAUGCUUGUGGUGUUGACGGGAAUUCAGAUGUUUACAUCCCUUAAACAUUGUACUCAUCAUAUAGCUUGCGUCCCAAAAGGCACCCUAGUUCCUUCAUAGUGCACUACUUUCUGACCAGAGUCCAAUGUGCCCUGGUUAAAAGUAGUGCACUAUAUAGGGAAUAGGGUGCCAUUUAGGAUGCAGAGGGCGUCUCGUUCACUAGUCUCACUCUAGCAAUUAUCUACAAGGGGAUGACUCGGAGUUUAACCAUCAAAGAACUCAAUUAAAGAUACUCGCCGCUACUUUUGCAUACUUUUUAGCCAAUAGUUCUGAAAGUAGUGGCCCACGAGCCAAAAGUGGUCCCCAAAAAUUGCCUACUACGUCAUAUGUGCACCACGUCAUUGCUCUCUCUCCCUCAAUCUACUGUGUGUGUUUGUGUCUUCCUAGCUGUCACUCAAAUGGCGAGGGGCUGAAACUUAAAAUUGCUAGGGGGCUGGCCCACGUGGGGAUAAAUAUAGGGAAAAUGGCACCGCACAGCUUCUAGAAAAGUUGCUGUCACGCUAAGGAUUUUGUGGCUAAUUGAGGUGAAACAAUGAUUCUCCUCAUAGAUUAUGUAUGUAUGAAAUAUGCAUGAACACAUCCAGCCCAAAAUACUUACUAUUCGCCAAAGUACCGGAGCAUGUCUUUAAUGGAAAUAAAUAUUUGCAUAUUCUGAAUAUC